AUGGUGGCCCCUUGGGUGUCCCUCAAACUGGGCCGUUUCCAUACCUGUGGCGGCAGUCUGGUCCGAGAAGACGUGGUUAUUACCGCUGCUCACUGCGUGGUCAACCUGGAGCAGAAACUCCUGAAGAGCCUGGUGGUGACAGUGGGGGAGCAUCACCUCCAGCGGGUGGACAGGCAGGAGCAGAGCAUCCCCGUCUUGCAUGUGUUCAUCCACCCUGGGUUCAACCGGCUGCACUACAUGGACUGUGACGUGGCUGUGCUGCGCCUGCAGCACCCAGCCCGCUUUGGGGACGAGGUCCAGCCAAUCUGCCUCCCCCACAGGGAUGAAGACUUCGAGGUGGGGACACUGUGGACAAGUGGCUGGGGCAAGGUGUCUGAGGGGGCCGGGGUGCUGGCUCCCGUCCUGCAGGAAGUGGAGCUGCCCCUCAUCGACAGCCUGACCUGCAGUGCCCUGCUGAGGGCCAUGGACCUGCCACCCGUGCAGGGCUCCAUGCUGUGCGCAGGAUUUCCCGACGGCAGGAGGGAUGCCUGCAAGGGUGACUCUGGAGGGCCCCUUGCAUGUCUGAGGACUGGCGGCACCUGGACGCUGGCCGGUGUGGUGUCCUGGGGGGUUGGUUGUGCCAGAGGAUGGGAUGCCAGCAGGAGAAGCACCACGGCUCGGGGCUCCCCGGGUGUCUUCUGCUGGGUGGCUGCAGUCAUGGACUUCAUUGCCCAGCACAUGGCAGCCGCUGCCGUGCUAAGCCCCCUUCCUGUGCCAGACCAGUGCAGUCCCCAAGGCACACUGGUCUCUGGAGAAAGCGGCCGUGUUCGGUACCCCCAGUCCCUGGAGGAUGACUACCCCAACAACAGCCUGUGCACCUGGAACGUAACAGUGCCGGAGGAGAAAAUCAUCCUGAUAUACUUCACUAAAUUAGAUGUAGUUGGAUGUGACCGUGACUACGUGUCCCUCUACUCAAGCAGAAGAGAGCUGAUCAGCAAAGUCUGUGGGAACGUGUUCCCAGCCCCUCUGCUGAUAGAGUCGGACCAGGCCACCAUUACAUUUGUUUCUGAUGGGAGCAAUGCUGGCCGUGGGUUUGAACUCACCUUCACAGCUGUCCAUAAGGAGUCCGAAGCAGGUUCGGGCUGUGGGAGUGUUGCAAUGCUGGAGGAAGAGGGGAAGAUUGAUUCUGCAAACUACCCUGGCUUGUAUCCCAGGAACACCAAGUGCCACUGGCUCAUUGAGGCUCCAGUAGAGUAUGCUGUAAAGCUGGAGUUUGAAGACUUUGCCCUUGAACUUAGCCCAGGCUGUAUUUACGAUGCUGUUAAUGUUUACAGUGAUGCAGAAGAGGAAAACCAGCUGGAGGAGGCAAGAAGAGAAGACUCAGGAUUAGCUACUGCACCAAUGUUGCCUCUGAGGGAUGUCCCCUUAGACACCUGUGGCCUUCCCCCAGUGACUCCCUGGUGGCUGUUCAAGCGCGUUAGCGGGGCUGAGGAGGCCCGUCCUCACUGCUGGCCAUGGCACGCUGCCCUGAACUUCCUUGGAGACUACCAGUGCAGCGGGGUUGUCAUUAGCCCCACAUGGAUCCUGACAGCCGCCCACUGUGUGCAGCCAUCCAAUAAACCCUUGCACUGGACUGUGACAGCAGGAGACCAUGACAGAGCCCUGAGAGAGUCAACAGAACAGGUGAGACAGGUUAAAACCAUUGUGGUGCAUCCCCACUUCGAUGUGGUGAGCUAUGACUCUGACAUUGCCCUGGUGCAGCUAGACAUCCCUCUGGAGUACAAUACUGCUGUGAGGCCAGUGUGUCUGCCCAACAGCACAGAGACGUUAUCUUCCUCUUCCCUCUGCACUGCAUCUGGUUGGGGAAUCAUUGAAGAAGGUGGGAGCCGAUCUAAGCGACUGCAGCAGAUGCAAGUGCCUGUGCUUGAGAAUGAAAUUUGUGAGAGGAAUUACUACUUUGGUCACCCUGGAGGGAUCACAGCUAGGAUGCUUUGUGCUGGCUUUGUUUCCAUGGGAGGCCAGGACCCCUGUCAGGGUGGUUCUGGUGGCCCCUUGGUUUGCAGGAAGGAAAACGGACCAUUUAUUCUUUAUGGCGUUGCCAGCUGGGGUGUUGGCUGUGCAAGUCCAAAGAAACCAGGAGUCUACUCAAGGGUGAGGAUUUUCCUGGACUGGAUAAGACUGACAAUGAAAGAUUCUGCACAGAGCAUGCCAUGGGGAAGUAAUGCUGUACCUGGAACCUUGGUGCAGGAGCAGCUGGUGAAAUUGCCUGCAAAGCUACAGGGAGAGGCAUCAGCACAGGAAUGUGUAUCAGAAGUGGAGCUAGAAGAGCCCCGGGGGUUUAUCUCUGCUCCGUUCUUGUCAGGGUAUGUGGGAAGCCCAGAGUGCUUUUGGAUACUUCGUGUGUCUCCAAAGGGCAUGGCAAAGAUUAUGGUAAAGCAUCUGUCAAUAAGAACAUCACCAAACUGCCAAGAGGAGUUUCUUGGGAUUUACGAAGAGACUCAAGGAGGAAGAAAAGAACUAGCUGUGUUGUGUGGUACCCUGAUGUCUCCUGUGGUCCUCUGGAGCCCUGGGCCCACAGCGAAGGUGGUAUUCCGCUCCAUCAGCCCUGCUGCUUUCAGCAUCGAGUACUUAAUGCUCACAGUCCAAGGACAAAAACCUGGAAAUACCCAAGAAAGUACCGAGAAGAUGAGCUCAGAGCUGUCACGAUGCAAGGAUGCUAUCCUUACAGAUAAGGAAGGAAAGAUCCAAUCACCAGGAUACCCCAUGAGACACAUAAAUGCCACCAGCAGCUGCCACUGGAGAAUUAUAGCCCCAUUAAAAUCCAUUAUUAGGCUUGAAGUCCUGGACUUCUGGACUGAAAGAAAUCUGUCUAAUUGUCAUGGCCAACUGAUGCUGUAUGAAGGAUUUGGACUAACCAAAGAGUUACUAGGAAACUUCUGUGGCGAUGCUUCACUCUACCCUGUAAAAUCCCGAGGCUCAGUGAUGACAGUGACCUUCACUUCCAGGGCUGAGGCAGCUAUGAAAGGCUUUCUCCUGACUUACCAGAUGAUAUUUCCUGAGCAGAGCCCCAGCUCUGAACACCAGGAGGUGCCUUUUCCACUCCCCUGCAGCCUGGCUACGAACUGCUCUUGGCUCAGGCUCCUGUCCCCAGCAGUGCUUUCCUUUUAG